AUGUUCUCUCCGCAAAUUGAAUGGAAUUGCUCUGAAUGUCAGUCUGUAGUAGCUGAUCGCCGAAAAUAUUGUACUGAUUGUUAUUCAAUGUUGACUUGGACAUGCAUCGGUUCUGGAAAAUCAGAACAACGUCCAUGGUCAGAAUGGAGACUUACUGAUGAAUCAUGUAUACAACAUACAGCCCACGACACUGAACAAAUACGACAAUUAUAUUCUAUGUGCGAAGAAUCACUUAUACGUUACCGCUCUCAUAGAAAAGAACAACGUACAGACGGUACCGUCACAUCAUGUCUUUCUCCUAUUAAUUUACUUGUGGUUACGUUAUGGUAUUUGAAACACUAUCAUGUUGAACGUUGCAUUUCAACAGAAUUAAAUUCGAGUCCAUCGACAGUAAAUGCCUUUCUAAGAGAGGUUAUUGAUAUUUUACACUCCUGUGUAUAUCCGGAAUUCAUUUCAUUACCUGUCAAUUUUGCUAGUAAACGAACACCGCAUGGACCUCAACGACAUCAUAAAUUAAUAGUUGAUUCGACUUGCAUUGCAAUUCCUGAACCUUAUGAUUCAGAUCAACGUAAAGCGUAUUAUCAUUCAAAAUAUCCAACAAAUUAUGAAAUAAAAAUACAAAUAGCUUGCGAUUUUAAUCAUCGAAUAGUACACGCAUCCGAAUGUUAUCAUGGAAGUGUACAUGAUAUUACAGUUCUGAGCGAUUCAGGUCUAUUAGAACAUGUAAAUAGUUCUGUACAAAUUAUUGCUGAUAAAGAAUACAUUGGUGAAGAUUAUGUAGUCACUCUAAGAAAAAAAUCGCAUGAACGUGAAUUAACAGAUGAAGAUAAAAAUUUCAAUCGUGAUAUCAAUAGUGCAAGAACAACUAUAGAAAACAUUAAUCAACGUCUCAAAACUUAUGCUAUUCUUGGUCGUGUUUACCGAGGAGCAAUUAAUGAUUUUGAAAAAAUAACUAAGAUCAUACAAGUCAUUUCUGCUCUUUGUAAUAUGAAUUUAAAGAAGCAUCCAAUUCGCAAAUAA